CUUGCUCAUUUGUGUUUGCGUCACAGUUUGAGAACCUCCGCUUUAGCCUGAUGCUUCAUGAGGUUUGACUUCCUGUAUUUUUUGCAGCGAGUAGGUUUUGCGACAUUGCAUUGUGAGUGUGUGAGGGGGCCUAACGUUCCAAUUGAACUCCAGAUCAACGUUAGAAACGGAUGAUGGCGAUGGUGACUAACCGACUUGGGUGUUUACCAGUUCUUGUUUUGCUGCUGACUUUGAGCACUUCGGUCACAUCGAGAUCUCUUAGGAUGAAAAGGGAAAUUAGUCACAAUGUGACAUCGAUAAACACCAACGACACACACAGUACAGCAACCGUAGCUCAAGCCAAGAAUGCAACAAGCACCACUGUGGAAACUUUGAAGGCUUUGAGUACGUUACAGACAGUAACUGUAAUACCUGAUUUAAAUAUCUCAGCAACUACAGAUUACCACCGUGCUCCAGAUUUGAACCACACCCAACAAAGCUACACUGCAGGAACCAAGAACCUGACAGUCCACCAGUCAACAAAUAACGAGAGUGCUUUUCACACCCAACUUCCCACAAUAAAUAACAGUACUGGAUACAUUUCACAUACAGGAAGUUCUGCCCCCACAUUUCCUGCAUCGCUGGAGCCCGGUAAGGUAACAGAGAAGCACACGACAGCAGCGACGACGACAAGAAUGUCCACGGAUGCAAAAAAACUCACCACUCCAGUUACCUCAACCAUCACUAAGAAAUCAACCACAGCCACGACCCACUCAUGUUCCACUGCCUCUUCUCAAGGGGGCGGACUUGUGAGUCGUUGCCUCAUCGCCAUUGCCUCGAUGGCUGCGGUGACCACCAUCUUUAUCAUUAGCACCAUCUGCCUGGCAACCAAACUCUCGGGAUACAGAUACAGGCAUAAGGCGCAUCUUCUCCAGGAGACCGAGAUGGUCUGCAUUUCUGCCCUGAUGAACGACAGCGAUCACCCGGUUCCAAAGCCAAGACGACAUCCCAAAAGUAACGGAGCGUUGAUCCCCAAUACUGAGGAUGGAGAUCCUGACGGAGAUAAUCUCACUCUAAACAGCUUUCUUCCUGAUACCGAGGGCCCUCUUUAGAGGUUUAGACCUGUAUACACUGAGAAACAGGAUGCAUCAUGGGAUUUUUUUGCUCUCAUACAUUGUCAGUGCUCAGGUUCGACCAGUCAGUACAAUACACAGUUUAUCUGUGGUACAGGUUUAUCGGUUUUCUCACUCAAUGAAGUUCUAGCAAUAAUCUGAUGCCUGGCUUUUAAAACAAUCAUUUUAUGAUUUGCUGUACAAUAAUCCACAUCUUUUAUUUAAUCAGUGGAACGUUUUUUAAAUGUAAAGAGGUUUGAAUGUUAUAUGUGACCCUGAACUGCAAAACCAGUCUUAAGUGUCAAUUUUUCAAAAUAAAUAAGCUUUCCAUUGAUGUAUGGUUUGUUAGGAUCCGACAAUAUUUGGCUGAGAUACAACUAUUUUAAAAUCUGGAAUCUGAGGGUGCAAAAAAAUCAAAAUAUUGAGAAAAUCACCUUUAAAGUUGUCCAAAUUAAGUUCUUAGCAAUGCAUAUUACUAAACAAAAAUAAAGUUUUGAUAUUUAUGGUAAGAAAUUUACAAAAGAUCUUCAUGGAACACGAUCUUUACUUAAUAUACUAAUGAUUUUUGGCAUAAAAGAAAAAUCUAUCAUUUUGACCCAUACAGUGUAUUUUUGGCGCAUUGCUACAAAUAUACCCCAGCGACUUAAGACUGGUUUUGUGGUCCAGGGUCAUAUAUUUAAUCAUUUCUUUGUUGAGAUAUUGUACUACUAUGUUCUCUGAGGAGCUCAGGCAUUAGUAGGGCUCGGCAGAAUGUAUUACUGAAUAUAGUCUAUUCCUGUCUGUGGUUCAGCUAGCGCUAUAUAAUUUACUCGAACAGAGUGAUGUUUGAGAUUAUCACAGUCUGAAUAUAACAUGUUAUCAUUGCAAAUGUACAUAAAAUACAUGCCUUCGCAUUUAACCAGAAAGAACUGAGCUUUUGCACAGAAAUUACACACUUUUCUUUGUGUGAACUUAAGAAAAAAAUGGCCAAAGCCAACUAGAUUAACACUGCGAAAACCAAUAUGUAGUCAGCAAAAUAUUUUUUUUUCAGUUCACAUUCAGUUUGUUUAUUUGUACUGUUGUAUUUUUGUAGUUAAUUUCUUUUUCUUUUUUUCAUUUUCUGCUAUAUAAUAGGCCAUUUUCUAUGUAAAUAUUCUAUAUGUGUAGGCAAUUGAAUGUUGUGCAGAAUGACAUGAAAAAGUAAUUGUGCAGCGAUUAAUCCAGUUAUUGUUAACUAAUUUUAUAAAUAAAUCAUUUAAUUGAA